GUAAACGAUUGUUUGAUAAAUUACCAUUGAACUACACUAAAACUCCAAGUUAAUUUACCACAUCCUCUUAACGUAACUGUAUAUUUCUCCCUCUCUUUAUCGUCCAUUCAACUUCAUUUUCUGAAACUUUAUGCAUGUGCUUUAUAGCUCAUCAAUUCAUUAUGUUCUAUUAUAGAGACAUAUCAUUGAUGAUGCUGCACAUUAUUUAGGCCUGUACAACACCAUCUGAAAAAUCAAAAACUUUGCAUAACUGCAAUAAUUUGGAACAGUUGGGGUUAAUUCAUAUCCAUAUUUUUGUUUUACCAUAAACUAAAUUAUUUUUAUCUAACAUUUUAUCUGCAAAUGACUAAGCAUUUGUCCUAGGGUGUGGGGUUGUGGGCAGUCACUAGGUGGCACAAGGUCACAUCGAUGAGCAAUUUUAAAUAUUCCCUUGAAUGGCAUAAGGUGGGUAGAAUAUAAUUGGGUCAGUACUGCAUUUUAUUGCCAUUUAAUUGACGUUCUCCUCAACAAUCUACAUAAGAUUCUAUUUUACUACUCCGUUCAUAAACAUUGAGUAACUACUGGGCACGUGGUCGGCAGCGCGCCUCAGUAUCCUCGAGAGUGCGCAUCAAGACUGACAGCAUAGUGCGCGCUCACGUGCUCCCUCGUAUGCGUGUUUACUUGGACUCUUAUCUCCACCCUUGAAACGAGAGAGGUACGGAGUGGAAGGGACAUCGUUUCAGGAGAAAACCUAAAAGAACAGACAGCCAAGAUCGGGACAGGAGAGGGCAGUGCGUGAAGAGUCAAGGUGUAGGUCCAGUGGCGCGAGGAUAAAUUGAUUCGACAUCAAAGUCAAUUAUCUCUGUACUAUAAUUUAAAAAAAAUAAGACGGAGAAAUCACGAACCUCUGAGGAUGGAGCAGGCAUACGGGGCUGGCAAGGCUGGCGGCACCUUCGAUCCAAUUACGUUCUUUCAGCAACCGCAGACUGUUCUUCGAAUAGUGUCAUGGAUCUUCUCCAUCGUGAUCUUUGGAUGCAUUGCUAACGAGGGCUACAUGAACCGUCCAAACGAGGAGGAGGAGCACUGCAUCUUUAACAGGAACCAGAAUGCUUGUAACUAUGGUGUGGGGAUGGGUGCGCUGACCUUCCUCUGCUGUGCCGCGUUUAUGGCACUGGAUGUCUACUUUCCUCAAAUAACCAGCGUCAAAGACCGCAAGAAGGCUGUGUUGGCUGAUAUCGGUGUUUCAGCAUUCUGGUCUUUCAUUUGGUUUGUGGGAUUCUGUUUCCUGGCCAAUCAGUGGCAGGUGGCCAAACCAGAGGAUAACCUGCUCAAAGAGGGCGGAGACGCAGCCAGAGCGGCCAUCACCUUCUCCUUCUUCUCCAUAUUCACUUGGGCUGGUCAAGCUUUCUUUGGAUUUCAAAGGUACAAGCUAGGCGCAAGCUCCUCCCUCUUCUCUCAUGACUAUAUUGAUCCAAGCCAGGAUCUUGCAGCGGCACCUCCUGCAAACACAGAAUACACUGGAUACAACACUGACAUGGAGGUUAAUUAUAAUGGCUCUGGUGGAUACCAGAACCAAGACUAGUGAGGUUUAAACAAGCAGCCUGAACAUGCUAGGCUGGCAGGGCUAAAUGUGGAAACAGAAGCAUUUGGGGUGAAAAGGGCGAACAUGAACACUGGGACUUUAUUUUUUUUGGGCUCGGGGUGGAAUUUGGGGACCACAGCAGAGUGGUUAAGAGACUGAGAAAUAAGGGGUUUGUUUGGUGCUAAUAACCCCUUGAAGAACUUGAUGUGAGAUCGAAGUAGGUAUUUGCUGUUCAUCUGGUAAAGAGACAUGAUCAGUGAGUCUUUUAUAAGGUCUAUGAAUGUACUGGAACUUUUACAGUUUAGGCAGGUCAAGAUCUUAAGAAACCAUAUUGUGUGCACCAGGAAAUGUUGCCUUCAGUUUUGGGGAUAUUGGCUUGGGUGGCAAUCUAAUUUAUUGGUCAGUAUAUGUUUUAUGUUCACUUUGACCAAACUCUACAAAUGGUCAGUUGUAUAAUACAUUGUUUCACUAAUUUAUAAAUCAAUUUAGUACACUUAAUAAUAUUCAAAUUUGUGAACUAAAUUGUUGUUUAUCUCUACCAUAGUCAAAGAAACUGUCUAGCUUAGUACUGACGAUACCUGUGAUAAAACCUGACCAAACUAAAUGUUUCUAAAGACCAUGGUGUUUUAUUUUGGUAAAGUGUACAUGCUUCAACAGAAGAUGACCUUAACCCUUUGACCUCUGACUGGGACACAGAUCUCUACUCUAUUAAUAGAUCUCUCUACUCUAUUAAUAGAUCUCUGCUGCCAUUUUUUCACUCUCCAAGGAUUCUGAAAGAUACUUAGACAUUUUUAUGUCUAGCAUCAAAUCAGUUUCUGCACUGUUGGCAUACAGUAUACCAUGAAAAGAUUAAUGGUCUGUGAUGUAAUACAGAAAGUGAAAGUAAAAAAGUUAAUGUAUUGAAAGUUAAGUGUGUAACAAGAGGAAUGAGUUGCAAGGUUUUGAAAAACACUGUAAAGCUGGCGUAAGUAGCAUUAUGUGAUAUUUAAGGCCUGUUUUUUUUUUUAAGGUUUUGCCUUGUUUCAGAAAGGCAACAGUCCAUAAGUAUGUGCAGUGGCCCAAAAAAGUAUCUGCACUUAAGCCACACUUAAAAACGUAUGAAUGUCAUUGCGUUAGAUUACAAAAUGUUCAACGAAGUGUCAUUUAUUUUAAAGAAACAGCACAUGCAUUCUUGCUGGCAUUAAUACAUUUAAGUGUGGCUUAUGUCUCCAAAUACUUUUGGAGCUACUGUACAUGUAAUUUAUACAUGUUUGUAUUACAAAGAUUUAGAUAUGAUGACCUUGAAGUUGUCUUUAAUGUCUUUUAAUCACAAAUGUAAGCAUGCGUGGUGCAACAUCAAAAUUCAUUAGCCUUGAACACAUUUUAAUGUUCCCUGAUAUAAUGGUUUAUAUAGAGUUGAUUAAUGACUAAUAAGUCAUUUACAAAUGCAUUAUAAGUCAUUGAUAUGCAGUUAUAACAAGAUGAAAAACAGGGCAACUAUCGUGUAAUAUUUUCCAAAUAGUGAGCAUUUAAACUUGCAUGUUAUAAAUGCUUGCUUAAUACAUUUAUUCAUACUUUUAUUACCAGAAAUCAAAAACAUGCCUUUGUUCAUGAUUUAUGUCACAAUGCAGCAAAAAUAAACUAUUAUGGUGAAAUUGGAAAGAGGGGUUAUGCCAUUUUGCUACAGUCCGCUUUUUGUUUAUAUUAAUUACUGUAAUGUCUUGACUCACUUAUGUUGUCACUUUUCUUGUCACGUUGAUGUCAAAAGAAUGGUGCUACACCAAGUGGUUUCCUUACCUAGUCCAAGUUACCUAAAGUCCUCUGCAUACAAAAACACAUUUCAGGUCUUUAUGCUUACUCACAACAUACAUAUAUGAUAUAAUAAAGUCUGAUAACCUGAUUAAACCAUACAGAACUUUAUUUACAUAGGUUUCUAAUGUUGGCAACUUAAUACAUUCUUCAUAUGUGUCCAUUUUACAUUAAGGUACAUUUUCACAAGUUACUAAAAUUGUAUACGUGUUAUUAAGCAUUUAUAACACGAGAAAAAAAAGGGUCACUAUUCGGCAGGUAUUGCAAGAAAGUCACCCUUUUUAUGCAUGUUGCUAUAACCACAUAUCAAUGAUUUAUAAUGCAUUUGUAAUUAGUCCUUAACAACCUCCUUUAUAAACCCUUAAUAAAAGGAACGUUAUGUAAAGUGUUACCAUUUUUUAAGUAUGAGAGGGAAUAUGUGGCUAGUUUAUUUAGCCAAUGUUGACUAGCACUCAACUUUAAGGCAAAGAAAUCUACCAAACCAGACCUAAAGAACUUGCCUUAUGCUUUACUCAAACAUUUGUUUGGCAGGGGCAAAAAAGAAGCAUGACUGCUAAACAACACCUUGUCUAAGUUCUAAUUAAGAGUCUUCAGAUUUAUGCUAAUGACCAUGACAGCGUGGGAAUCUGGCCAGAACACUGCUCUAAUAUCCAACACUGAUUCCUCAAUUUAUGAUAAUGUUUGCUACGAAGAAUAGACUUGUAGACAUUGUGUUUCUUUGCUUAAUUGCAGUGUCAAAUCUUUGAGGCGAAUGAUCAUUUUAUUGUAAUGAUCUGUCACUUGUAAAAAUAUUAUUUAUUCAUUUUUAUUAACGAGGUCUUUUGCAACACCCUUAAAAUAGUGUUCCCUGGCCUUCAUUUUAAGCAUUGUUUUGGGAGUAAAUAUAGGAAAAUGUUACUUUUGAUCACAGUUACUGUAAUAACUCUUGCGCUAGUAGAGCAGCAGGGUUAUUCAUUAUAAAUAAACCUAUUGGGUGUUUUUGUUUAAAUGUUCUGGAAAAAAAAAAAAAAUCAUCAUAUUGUGUACAGUGUAAGAAUAUAUAAAACCAGCAUAUUUUUAUUUAAUGACAAACAUGUAAUACAAUCAAAUACACAAAAAUAUGUUUAUAAAUAUAUUACCAAAAAAACUGGUACAGAGUACUUAUGAUAUUAUAAUAUAUAAAACUUAGUAACAGUAAUAUAAACUGUGUAUUUUGCAUUUAAAUGUGUGAUAGAAUAAUGUCGAUUAACUGAAUCACUAGGUAAAAAUGGGUCAGUGUAUUAUGUCCUGUCUUGUAUGUUGUUUGUCUGAUAUUAUGUCUGAUAUAGAUUAAAAUAAAAGACAAUUGACUGGGGAACAUUUCUGCCAAAUUCUUGUUUC